AUGUCGGACAAGGGCAUUCCGGAUCUGUCGUCCAAACUCAACGCGCCCAAGAAAGUGUCCGUCUUCGAGAAACAGCGACAAGAAGCCGAAGCGAAACGCAUACGAGAAGAAGCCGAGAACAGAGCUGCCCUCAGAGAGUUCGAGGACUCGUUCGCCGACGAGGAUGAAGAUGACUUUGUCGCACAAGUAGCUGCUGGUCGCAGUGCAUACGGUGGUUCAAGAGUUGGAGAUGGAGGCGGCUAUACUAGAGGAGCUCCCAUGAGGAGCAGUGGACCAGGCACUCUCGGCCCACCACCUGGUCCUGCCCCACUAUCCUUGAAGCGCAAGAGAGAACUGGAACAAGAGCGAGAAAGAGAAAGGAGGCAGCGAGAUAGCAGAGCGAGCCCCGAGGCCACCGUCAAACGCCCAACCAUGCUAUUGUCAUCACUACCUCGCAACACCACCGAAGCCACGAUACGAAGCUGGCUACCCAAGAACCUGAAACUCGACGAUAUCGCCUUCGCUCCCUCGCCAACUGGUCGAACAUUGACGGCUGUCGUUGCACUCACCCCUGACACAGCCUCUAGCGAUAUCGACAGUGCAGUCAAUGCUCUCCAGCAGAAAUACCUGGGCUUCGGCUCCUACCUCAGCAUCUCCAAACACAUUACUAUUUCCUCGUCCGUUUCUUCCGUCCUCCAUACCGCCACUUCGACUCUUCCAGUGCAACCAUUUGGCGCCAAACAGAUGCCUCGCGAUCCGCCUCCAUCUCACAACUUCCGCAACGCGCCACCACCAGAAUCUCUCCCACCACAAUUGCGCCAUCAAGGUCCUGCUCCUCUGGUCGUCAAUGUCACUCCGCCAUCAGACCUCAAGCAGCUUGCCAUCAUCAACAAGACUGUCGAAAAGCUCAUAACAUACGGCCCUGAGUGGGAAUGCCUGCUCAUGGCUCAGCCAGACGUCCAGCACGGGGAGCAUUGGGCUUGGUUGUUCGAUAACACUAGCCAAGGUCAUGUCUGGUACCGCUGGCUGGUGUACCAGUACUAUGCCUCUCAGCCUCCAGCGAAAACUGGUCAAGACUCACGUCAAUGGUCUAUGAUGGAUGAGCUUGCUCGCAUGAACAACCACGUUCGACCAUUUGAUGAUGGCCCCUCAUGGAUACCUCCACCUGAGAAACCAAGAUAUGAACACGCCCAAAACCUCGCUGAUCUGAUGUCGGAUUCUGGCUAUGUCUCUUCAGACCUCGACACCGACGACGAGGAUGAUCAUAUUGUUCAAAACCAAGGCAUCGCUCCCGAAGACCCGAGCGUGUCACGACCACGAUACCUGAAUCCUUACCGAAAAGCCAAGCUGACCUUCUUCCUAAAUCACCUGCCUGACAGCACCGGUUACCUGUGUGAAGGUGAUGUACAAGCUGUCACUGAUCUAGUCAUCAAAUUCUCUGGUCAAGGUGCUGAGGAAGUCGUCGACAUGCUUGUUUCGAAUCUUGAGAACCCUUUCCGUUUCUCCGUUAAUUACAAGAUCGAUCGUCCGAUAGAUGAGAACGAGGACGGAGAGAACGACGACGCAGACAACUAUGAUCCUGAAGUCGACGGGCCCAGAGCUUCGUUCGGCAUGCUAGGUGGUGGUAAUGAUGAUGCGGAACCCGAAGAGGUUGUCCAAAAAGACACGACCGAAAUGCAAGUCGAUCAGGAGAUUGACACCAAGUUAGAACCUUCGUCUGGAAAAGAUAUUUCUGGCGCGCAACUGGUUGGUCUUUAUGUCAUAAGCGAUGCAUUGGCUGCGACAUCAGUUUCUGGGGUACGUGAUGCCUGGAAGUACCGAUCGUUGUUCGAAUCGGCCCUGACCUCACGUCAAGUGUUUGAGAAGCUCGGUCGCAUGCCCAAGCAGUACGGAUGGGGACGUGUUCGUGGUGAACAGUGGAAGAGUCGCAUCACUGUUGUUCUGGACUGCUGGGAGCGUGAAAGCAUUUUCGCACCAGAGAGCCACAGGAGGUUCAAAGAGGUGUUCCUAGCUCCACCAUUGACGAAUGCAGAGCAAAAGAUCAAGGAUGAACAGGAGAAGCAGGAGAGAGAAGAGGAGCUCAAGAAGCGCUGGAAGAAUGGUGAAGCUGAAAGUGCUGCUGCUACUCCAGAGGUUGUGGCUCAAGAAACAACACCACAGCCGGUGCAAGCUCCACAGGUUCAACAGGCGGUUAGGCGCCAGCCAUCACGACCUUCGGCGGCAGAUCUCAUCCUCGCAACUGCAGAUGGUGAAGCACCACCACCAAAGCCGGCACCUAAGUUGUCUAACUUCUCCAUGUCGCUGAACGCAGCACCUGCUACUUCGCCGGCUGCUGAGAAGAUCAANAAAGCUUCUCCUGCCAUGGGCUUUUCGCUUGGUGGAAGUAAUACGCCUUCGAAUAAGUUAUCGCUGGGAGGAGCAAAGUCUUCUAGUGUUGAGACCGCGAAGGAGAAGAAGAGGGAAAGCUUGGCUGCAUUCGACGACUCGGAUUCUGAGUAG